CGAUGUCAUGUCAGUUUUGUAUUUUUAAGAUGAUGGGUGAAAAGUGACGUGUCGAAAGUAAUAAUGGUUUAUUAAAAAGAAUAAAGGGAGUUUGUAUUUUAAAUGAGUUUAAAUAGAUACCAUUCAAAAUGAAUUACAACGCAAACACAGGAGGAAGACCUUCAUUUGGAAAGAAAAUAAAAAGGGUUAGCGAUGUUAAUGCGAUGGGUUAUACACCAUUUGACCAAGGAAACAUUAAUCCUCAACAAAACGUAUACCCAAAUUUAGAGCCUGACCAUACUUUUCAGCAAGGUUUCCCAAGUAAUUCUCCAUAUGAAGCUCAACAAAAUUUCCCAACUAGCCCAAAAGCACCACAACCACAAGGUUUUGCUAGUUAUAAUAAUCAGCCUCAAUAUCCAAAUCCUAAUGCAGUGGGUAUGCCACCUCCAAAUUUGGGUGUUUUGGGUCAGCCAAUGGUUCAAGAUAUGGCAAUGCAAUAUGGACAACAGUUAGCUGGAGCUGGUAAAACGAUGUUGAAGAAAGAGGUGGAAAGAUAUGUUCCUGUUUCUAAACUGAAAUAUUAUUUUGCUGUAGACACUAAAUAUGUUGUUUCAAAAUUGGUGUUGCUCUUUUUCCCAUUUACCCACAAGGAUUGGUCUGUGAAAUAUGAACAAGAUGGCCCGGUGCAACCAAGAUUUGAAAUCAACGCCCCUGACUUAUAUAUCCCAACGAUGGCGUACGUUACUUACGUUCUUGUGGCUGGUUUAGUAUUAGGUACACAACAGCGAUUUAGCCCUGAACAAAUAGGGAUUUUAGCUUCAUCCGCCCUGGCUUGGUGUCUAGUGGAAUUGGCCAUUUACAGUUCCACCCUUUAUAUAAUGCAAGUAGAAACAAGCUUAAGAACCCUAGAUCUGCUGGCUUAUGCUGGAUACAAAUUCGUCGGCACUAUUUUUAGCAUUUUAGUUAGUCUCGUUGGAGGAAGGACUGGUUAUUAUUCGUGUUUGAUAUAUACAAAUUUAGCUUUGGCAUUUUUCUUGGUGCGGAGUCUCAAGGUGCAGGUGUUAUCUGAGACAAACGCCCAGGAUACUAGUUAUUACGGUGCUCAGCAACCUAGCGCAGGCCACAAGAGGCGGUUAUAUUUUCUGUUAUUUGUGGCUGUUGUCCAGCCAGUUUUGUCUUGGUGGUUGUCUUAUCAUUUAUUGCCAUUGGAAUUGGUCCUGCCACCAAAGGUUGAAAAGUAACUCUUAGUUUCUAUUACUACUAAAUUAAAACAGGUAUUUAUUUUGCUUAAUACUUUUAGUAUACACAAUAUGUAAUAUAAUUUUAUAAACGUGUGAAAAAUAAAGUGUUUGCUAUUUUGUA